UCGCAUCGGGCCGGCAGUCAGCGGCGGGUGGUGGUGGUGGUCGGUCGUGUGGAGUGCAGUCGUCACACCGCCGCUCUCGCUCCCCCAUCAAGAGGAGAGAUAACACACUAUACCUCGCUGACACCCUAAUGAUCACUGAUACGGAACGAAUAAAAAGGAAAAACUAACAGAAAACUAAGGCUUAAAUCCAUCUCAGGUUGUUAUUAUGGAUGAUUUUAUAUACCGGAACAUCAUAGUGUCGGUGGAUAAAAUACAGUGGAUGCGAAAAGAACAUAUUUACCUCGACCUGCGGCGCUUUGAAGGAUAGUUGACCUACUUCUCAAAAAUUGCGAGGCCACACCUGUGCUUCGCGGGAACACGUACCGGACAUGUAUUACGCUGUGAGGAGAGGGACGAGGGGCUGAAUAUUAAGUUUUUUACAAGGAAGAACUGUUAUAAGUGUUUGCUGAGGAACGGGAAGCAGCGAGGAGCGGCUGCGGGGAAGCUCGAGGUGAUGUGGACUUUGGAAAACUGCACUUAACUUGUGACUCACGCCUCGCUAAAGUGGUUACGGAACUAAAGUGGAUCAAACAAAAGUGCACCAAACAUUCCACUUCUUCUUAUUAUUCCAGAGUUCACACGCGAGAGAAAGAGAGAGAGGAAGAGAGCAAGAGAGUGAGAGAGAGAGCAGGAGUCGAGGAGAGAGUUGAGAGUGGUUAACGAUGAAUAUUUGUUAUAGAUGUGGAGAAAAAUCAUCGAGGUGGAAAUAACUCCGUCGGAAAAUUCAAGGACGACGAAGCUGCUGAUAUUGCGAGUGUGUAGCCGCGGAGUGAGGAAUAAACCAAGUGAGAGAGAGAGGGAGAGGGAGAGAGAACGAAAGAGAGAGAAGAAAAGAGGAGUGGGUCUGGAAGUGAGGCAUCGAGGAAAACAUCUGAAUAACGACUCAAGAAUAUAGAUAACGAACGCUCUCCAACCCAGACCCAAACCUUAAAUAUAUAUAUAUAAAUACAGACGCGUGUUAUGUGACCGAGUACGACCAGGAACGAUUAUAACGAGUUACUAGAAGAAAAAAUGAAGUGAUUAAUAUACAGAUGACCAACAUAGCAGACCGAACUACUGGCAAAACUAAAGGCUGAAAAGGUAAUACAAACAUCGAAACAGAAAAAAAAGAAAAUACAGAGAAUAUUCUGUUAUAAACAUCAUAUUUCACAAACCGUACUUCCAAAACUGCAAGGAACUAUGUAACUUUCUUCGAACACCAUAACAACGACCUAGAACCAACAUCUCUCGAAACAAAAUCACAGAGAAUAACAUAUAACCAACAUCACAGGUCAACAUACCCUUAACAUCGAGUGAUUCUCCCAACCAACUUCAAGGUCUGACAACAUCGUCAUCCUAAGCAACACCUCCAAACAUCGCAGCGCAACAUACAGUCAACAUUGGGGCGGGGAUCAGCGGGCGGGAUGUGGCGGCAGGAGUCAGGGCAAGGAGGAAGAAUGUGGACGUGGGCGUGGGUGUGGGUGCUGUUCUCCUCUCUGCUUCUCCUGCCCCACCCCGCCGCCCCCCGCCCGGACCCGCCUUCUCCAAGCCCACCCCGACGCCCUUUCAGCUCCGGCAAGGAAGAUGACUGGGGUACACUGGUGGCGGUGACGGCCGUGCGGGGCUCCACGGCUCGCCUGCCCUGCCACAUCAGGUCCCCGAACCCCGAAGAGCCUGUGCUGCUGGUGCUGUGGUACAAGAACGCCUCCGUCACGCCAGUCUACAGCUACGACUCCCGCGGACUGGAGGGGCGGGCGGACGGAGGGGGUCGUCCGCAGCAGUGGGGGGACGAGGCGGCGUGGGGCUCGGAGCAGCGGGCGUGGUUCGACACUUCGCACUCCCCCGCCCAGCUGCUGGUGAGGGACGUGCGGGGCCGGGACGAAGGCAGCUACAGGUGUAAGGUGCACUUCAAGGCGUCCCCCUCCUGGUCCCAGCGCAUCACCCUCAGCGUCAAGGACCCGCCGGGAUAUCCGAGGAUCCAGGACGAGUCUGGACAGCGCCUGGAGGGACCCAUCGGCCCCUACGAGGACGGGACCACCGUUAGGAUGAUGUGCCUCAGCUCGGGAGAGCCCCCGCCAGGUCUGGUGUGGGGCGGAAGCGGGGCGGGGCGGGGCAGCGGGGUGCAGCGGGACGACACAACAAGCAGAACAAGACUGAGCAUCGUGGCAUCAAGGGACAGCGCCCACACCACCGUCACCUGCUCCACCACAAACUCCUCCUCGCCCAGCCCCAUCCACACAGUCUCCACCAAGAUCAGGGUGAACCUGCCGCCGCUCGCAGUGAGGCUGGAGGCGCCGGGGGAGUGGGUGAGCGCCGGCCAGCAGAGCGUCUUCAAGUGCAGAGUUGUGGGGUCGUCGCCCGAGCCCGUCGUUCAGUGGUGGCUCGGGGGACGGCAGCUCAUUCCCAGCACUCCGUCUGUGUCCGAAGGUGUGAACGUGAGUGUGAGCGAGGUGCGGCUGACGCUUGAGCCGGGUGACCACGGGGUGCCGCUCGUGUGUAAGGCGUUCAGCCCUGCUCUGCCCGGCACUGUCCUGCACGACCAGCUCUCCCUCGCCGUCCACUUUCUGCCCGUGGCCAGUAGCAGCGUGGAGCACGGGGGAACGCAGGCAGACGUGAGGGAGGGCGGCACCAUCGCUUUCAUCUGCAACGUCAAAGCGAACCCGGACGUGUACAACAUUACGUGGUACCAUAAUGGACGGCCACUAAAGGGGCGAGAGAGGGGCGUGAGAAUGGCGGACUCCAAACUACAGCUGCUCAAUGUGACUGCGACGAUGAGAGGUCUGUACACGUGCGUCGGGAGCAACCAGGAAGGGGACGGACAAAGCAACGCCCUUAACUUAAACGUGCAAUUCGCCCCGGUGUGUGCGGCGGGGCAGCGGCGGGAGUAUGUGGUCGGGAGGGGCGGGGCGGUGACGAUAGGAUGCACCGUCGAGGCCCACCCUUCCACCCUUACCUUUACCUGGGCCGUCAAGAGCACUCCAGACGGACCGCCGGUGAGGCUGCACAGCGUGGGGCGGGAGGAGGGACUCACGGGACAUUACACACUCACCCGCCUGCCGGAAGGACGCGCCGAGGUGCUCUGCUGGGCGAGGAACAGCAUCGGGUCUCAGGAGGCGCCGUGCCGCUUCGUAGUGUACACGCAAGGUCGGCCGGCGCCUCUUAGCCGCUGCAAAGUCGGCAACCACACCGCGUCUGGCUUCACGGUGGUGUGCGGUUCUGGUCCGGCACGCGGCACCACCACCACCAGCCCCUCCAGCACCAGAUACAACUUGCUUGUGUAUGCCCAGGACCCCACUACUGCUGCCGGAGGUGCUGAUGGCGCUGCAGGGGGUGGCGGAGAUCCUGGAAGUGGAGGACCAACAGUAGCAGCGGGAGGAGGCGGUGGAGGAGGUGGAGGUGGAAGCACAAAUCUGGUGACGCCGCCCAGGGGAGGUGCUGCAGGAGGGUUAGCAGACAAGGCGGGGCACUCGGCUUCUGGGGAGCUUGUGCGGAACAUGAGCAACCACAUCCCGGCCUUCAAAGUGUCGGGACUGCAGGCGGGGCAGGAGUUCGCGGUGGUGGUGCAGGCGUCCAACAGAGAGGGCAGCAGCUCCCCAACCUUCCUCAGUGCCUUCACGCUAAGAGACAAUGCUCAGACUGUAAUUGGCGUGUCGUCCGGUGGGGAGGGGCGCACGAGUAAGGGAGGAGGAGGAGGAGGCGUAGGAGGCACCGGCAGUAGUAGCAGCAGCAGUAGCAGUAGCAGCUCCCCCAGCGGCAGCAGCGGCGGGAGUGGUGACGGCCCGGAAGGAGGGUGGACGGAAGGGGGUGGAGGAGCAGGUGGAGUGGGCGGCGGGUGGGUUUUUGUCCCUCCCAUGAUGCUGGUGUUGGCUGGGUCCCUCUCGUCCAUCCUCCUCCUCGCGCUUAUCAUCAUCGUCAUCAUCAAGAGAAGGGGAAGGAGGACGCAGAGGGUGGAGAGGCAGCUGGAGCAGGUGAAACUAAGCGGCGAGGCCCUGGUGCCACCCCCGUCCCCCCAGGAGGCGCCCCGACGAACCCCAGGCUCGAGGAGGAAGCAGCACGGGACUCGAGGCGACGGCGUGACGGACGAGGGGAGUUGUGCCGGCAGUGUGUGUGGCAGCGGCAGCAGGGAGACGGUGCUUGACGGGGGCGGUGAAGAGGGCGAGAUGGUGUGCGGGACAACGGUUACGGCUGAGGUGGAAAUGACAGGAGGAGGCGACGCAACAGCAACCGGAGGAGACAGAAAGGACGGAGAGGCGAGGUUAGGAGGCGGAUCUGUGGUCACGUCAGUAGCGCCAGGAGUGGGAGGAACACCGCCAGCAGGGAUUAUGAUCAGAGGCGUCGGACUAUUUGAUAACAGUGGCGCUUGUAACGGCGGCCUCCUCCCCUCAGUCUCCACCGCCUCCCCGAUGGAUCUUCUGACGGGAACGCUGCAGGAGGGGGGCCUCGCGGGGGUGAACAACGCCACCCUGCCUCUGCUGGGGGUGAGUCGCCUGGGGCGGGGCGCAGCCAGGCAGCAACAGGUUCUCCUUCAGGAAGUGCCAGUGUUGGGCGUGGGCGGUCUGAUGGGCAGCGGCCUCGACCUCAGUCAUGGUGGAGGCAUGGGCACCAUCAACAUGGGCGUCGCGGGAAUGCCGAGGAUGAUGGGCGUUAACAUGGGCGGUCUGAUAGGUGCUGGCGUGGGUAGUCCGUGCAUGGGCGGGGGUACCCUGAGAACGGUGGGUAGCAUGGGUGCAGUGCGCGGCAUGGGAACAAUGAGUGGCAUGGGAACAAUAGGUGGCUUGGGUGCAAUGGGCGGCGUGGGUGCUCCAAGGGGCAUGGGACCAGUGGGCAGGCUGGAGGCGGGGAGCGGUGGUAACUACUUGGUGGUGAGCACGCCCGGACUCCCCUCCUCCUCCUCCUCCUCCCCCGUGCCUGCACCGAUCCACUACCAGACUCAGUCCCCGGCCGGGCGUGUGCGGCAGAACAUUGAAGACACGAGCUUCACGCAUCCCAACGAAAGUAUGAGUUCGUUGUGAGGACCCACCCCAUUAUCAGCGCCGCCGCCGACGUCACCUCCACCUCACACCUUCGUCUUCACCGCUCUCGCCACCAUCACACCAACGCCGCCGCAACCACCUCCACCACCAUGACCAAACGCCAUUCCUAUUCAACCCGAGGCCGAGAGUGUACCUUUUGUACUUCAUCAACUGCAAUGUGUCUUUCGGGGCAAACUUCGUGCCGCGAGACUCCCCCGAGCUGAGGGCCUUGGCGUGGGCAGUGACGACGGGCCUUCUUGCCGCCCCGUUGGACUUAGCCAUUGGGCCGAGUGCUUCCCAGGACCUCCCGGACUAGUCGGAGUGUUGGAAGUGCUGAGUCGGUCUCGCGUCCCUUUCGGACCACACGCCAGCCAGAUAAAAGUGGCUUAUCCUGAGUGGGUGAGGACCAGUGAACGUGAGUUGGAUUUCGCAAGUGAAGUGAAAAACAGGUAAAUGAAAGCUCUUGCUUCAGUGACGGGGAGUCUCAGAUUUUCACCUUCCUUUCUUUUGUAUUCCAUAGGAGAAAAUAAUUUAACACAAUCACACACGUUAUAUAUA